UUAAGAACCAAGAUGCGUGAAAUUUGGCAUUACUCGGAGACACUACAAAACUGAAGCUGCUGCGGAUUAUAUGCAUUCGCGUUCAGAAUGUUGCUGUGGACACUUGUAUUGUGCUGGAGUUUGUCAUCGGGAAAUGUCGCAGAAUCCACGAUGAAACCGCUGCAUUACAAUCUAACCAUUCUCGCGCACUUGUUUAACCCAAUUUCGGACAGUCGGUACGAGGGCGUGAUGGCCAUCAAAAUGUUGUCGAAGCAGAGGAGCAAUACUAUUUAUUUGAACGCCCCCCGAGAGUUGAGCUUAAAUGUGAAGAAAACCUGGAUUGUGCGAUAUGCCAGUGGGGGCGAAUCGAUGUGAGGGAAAUACAAA